AUGCCCGACGCUGCUUCAUCCUCAAAACUCGGUCGAGACCUUGCUUUCGUGGGUGGUGGUCAUGGACAGACCAAUGCUUCUAGCACAACUGGUCUUCUGAUCGAUUUAUCCUGGAUGAAUUCAACUAGAAUUCUACACAACGUCACGCUAGGAGAUGUCAAACUAACUACGGCCAUAUCAUAUCAAGGAGGUGCUAUCUGGAAGCAGGUCACAGACUAUACGAAUGGAACAGGCUUCACAGCUGUCGGCGCUCGGGUCGGGAAUGUUGGUGUUGGCGGCUUCUCGACCGGAGGAGGCAUUGGAUCCUUAGCUGGAGCAUAUGGUUAUGCCAUUGACAGGCUUCGAGCGCUUGAAGUUGUCCUGAUGUCCGGAAAGGUCGUACUGGCCACGAAGACCAACCAAUACUCGGAUCUGUUUUGGGCGCUCCAAGGUGGAGGUGGCCAAUUCGGAAUCGUUACUACAUUCUAUCAAGAAGCAAUACCAGAGCCAAGGUCUUCAGAGUUUGGCAUCUGGAUUGUCGCUAGAGACUCGUGGGCACGAGCUCGACAAAACACGGUGAAGUUCUUCGAUUCGAACAACGAUCCUUUCUCGCUCAUGUACUACUCACUUGGUUAUUACCCUGAGCACCUGACAAGUGGAAGUUUGACAAUAACUAUGGUGAUAGUGGGCAUACGGUUUGCAGAUCCUCAUGGCCAAUCAGCCAGCCCACUAUAUUCACAUGGCAACCGAGGAAACGGCACUAGACCAUCUGGAUAUCACACAAAACAGAAAACAUUCAACGAAACAUUCUCUGACCUGCUCGACGGCCUUGUCCUUAAAAAAGCCUCACGUUACAAAUUGCCAUACGGACAAGCUACCGAACUCAGUGCCCCGUUCUUCCCUUAUGGCUAUCGUAGGGGAUUUUGGGGCCCAUAA